CAGGCCCGGUGGCCAGGAGGGCGUUGUUGACAAAUAUAUGGGAAAGACCAUGCAGAAUCGGCGCGUGUGUAUGUGAUGGUCAAUUCGUCACUGUGGGAAUCGGUCGAUCGAAACUGGACACCUACUAGAAACAACACCAACAGUCGUACAACCAACGCACGACCCAACACUUCUCCCAAGCCACGCUGCACAGCACCCACCCCAUCUGCUCAUCACACCCCGUCUGUCUACACUGCUGCCAGCUGAGCGACUCAUCGGCCGCUCACUCUGUCUAUUCUACACCGCCUCUGUCCUGCGGAUGGCGAAGUCGGCCACGAUGCCGUAGUGAUCCGACACGAUGCUCUGUCGGUCCUUGAAGAUGACGCUCGCCGACAGCAGCCGCAGCACCGAUGAGGCGUGCAGGCCCCUGGACGACUUGCCCGACGGGCUCGGGGACUCCGCCCACGGCACAGCCUGCCACGAGAGAGAGAAAGAGAGAGUGAAAGGCACACACGAUGAAUGCAGUACUUGCAGGGAGAGAAGGAAGGCCAGCGGCGUCGUGUGUGUGUUUUUUGGGGUGUUUUAGUUACAUACCUGUCUGUAGACGAUGUAGUCGUUUCGCUGGUCUGGUUCUGCCAGCCAGCCCCUGGUGAGUGGGUUGUCGCCGCUCCACGAGCACUCAUGUCGGCCGCACUCGAUCAGCGCAUCCUUCCACACAUCGCCAUCGCCGCCCUCACCCUGCAGCAUUUCCUGCAUCUCCGGCUGGUCUACGUCUGCGUUGGUGUCGGCGCAGAGAAUCACCGGCACACACCCGUUGCCAGUGAUCGUCCGCACCAACUCACGCACCUGAUUGACCACACAGCAGAGCGCAAAGAAAGAAAAGAACACCAUUCAUUCAGUCCCCUCUCUCCCCAUGCAUCUCUCUCUCCCCAUCCACAUUUCCAUGCCCCACCUGGUAGAUGCGGUUGGGAUGCGCCACUCCGAUGGCCAGUGCCGAGCAGGCAAUCUUGACCCUCAUGGCUGAGUGCUGCGGCUCUCCGUGUGAUGAGCGGGGGGCAGGGGGGCCUUGGGAAGCCGGAAACAGAGGGCCGAGCGACUGCGGCAAGCCGUGUGUGCGCUGCGAGAGGGUGGCGAGGAUGAAGCCGCGAGGGCGGAAGAAGCAGGUCUCGGCCACACAGCCGAAGUACGAGUACAACACCGUCUGCAACACGUACGCAAUCCUUCCUCCAUCUCCAUCCGUCCAUCUCUACUGGUCCCCCACCCACCUGAUAUGUGAGUGCCUGGAUGGUGACCUCCUCAACCGCGAAUCGCGAUGACCGCACGAGCACCAGCAGGCCCAGGCAGUCAUUGCACGAUGCCCAGGGGAAGGCGAUGGCCCGCACGCGAGGAGGGAGGCAGCAGGUGACGACGCAGCAGACGCUGGACAGCACGGGCCAGACGUACUUGAAGACCAGGUUGCUGAUGGGCUGCAGGAUGGAGAAGCCGUGCCGGCCCAGCUGGUGUGCUGAGAUGGGCGUGUAGUCGGGAAACCCUUCGAUGUACCGCUUCUGCACCUGGACGUCAAAGCACUCCUGAACAAACAGCAAGACAGACAGGAAGGACAACACACGACACGCAGAAUGGCAAUGGCAUGGCAUGAGAUCUGUGAUGUUUGUUCUCCCUCGGCCUUGGUUCUUCCCUCCCUCCCUCCCUCCCUGUCACCUGCAGGCUGAUGACGUCAGCGUUCUGUUCGCGGAUGAGCUGGAUCUGCUUCGAGAGGCGGCUGUCGUCCAUCAUAAACUUGCCGCAGAAGACGUUGAGCGUGAGGACGCGCAGAGGCACACCCUCGUCGCUGACAUCGGACGCCAUCGCCUCGUCAGCCGAGGCGUCUACCAGACAGGCUCUGCU